AUGGCGUACAAUUCGCUGACUGAGGCUCCUCACAACCUCAAGGAGGGCAUUGACUGGCUUAUGGCAGUGAAGGGAACUGACGCUGAAAAGAACUUGAAGGCUGUGGGCGAGGCAAUUCACCAUCUACUCAAACGCCAUCCUGUUGGUUUGACGGUCUUGCCAUCUUUGGAGAAUGUAAAAUACUUUUCUCAGAGGUUCAUGAAGAAACAAGAGUUUAGGGACUUGCCAUUCGUAAAGGAGCUGCUCGAACGAUAUAAGGCACCUAUGAAUAAAAAUCCUAAAAGGCUACCUACAAUCUCUAUGGGUAAAAAUGAGAGCGAUUAUAAAAACGUCGUAAGGGCCUGGGGUCUCACUGCCAAAAAAGUCGCAGAUAAAGUAAGUAGAGCUGUGGAUGCUUGUGAGAAGUUCUUGGAAGAUGUCAAACUCCCUGACCAGUAUAAGUCGGCUUACAGUUCGGAAGCGACUUGGGAUGCAUCAUGCGCGCAGGACCCAGAAGCUUGCGCGGUGGUCUUCGUGGGGAUUGCGCCUAUGUUAUACGCAGGCCUACGUUCUUUGAAGGAAGCGAGCAAAGCUGCGACUGCCUAUGUGGCAGAUCCUAUGGAAGAGACGCGCUUGAGAGAUGUGCUGAAGUCGGCGGGUUACAAAGAGCCUGAAUGUAGUGAAAGGAUGACAGGUUCAGAUAUUCACAAGGCGUUGAGCGGCGUGCAUAAAGACGUGUUGGACAUAAUCUACAAUUUCGCUGGAUUCUGGGCGUUCUAUUGA